CAGAUACAGUGGCAAUCUGUGGGCCGUCGUAUCGAAGCGGAUCCCUCCCUUGCUUGGCUCUCUGCAGUUCCCUCCCGGUCGGGAUCCAUCUGUGCUUUUAACCUCUGCCUGCCCGGUACCUUUCUGCUGUUUGUUCUUCCUUGAUUUCUCUCUCAGCCUUGCCCAAUCCGAAACCUACGUCUCGUCAGAAUGUCUCAAUCGGGGCUCUCAUUCGGCGCCUACUGUCCAGAGGGAGGAACUUGGUAUGCGUGUGAAAGGAGCACAUUUCCGUUCGUCGGCUGUUCUGUCUCUAAUGGCUGUGGGAGCUCAACAGGCCCUCCAGAAGAGGACCUUCGUCCGAUGAGCUUCAAUGCGUCUUGGUACGGUCAAUUCAAUGACCAGGAAUGUCCUAAUGGCGGAUCAUUCUUCACCUGCAAAGAUGCGAACCCACCCUUCAUAGGAUGCUGUGCCGACACCGAGUUUGGAUGCCAGGGCGGUUGUAGUGGCAAUCUCACAGCUGCCGCUCUCAAUGGAACAUCCUUCCUAGGUACUGGCCCAACUUUCUCUUCAGCUGUUCCGUCGGCCACGUCUGCGCCCAGCGACUCGAAUGGAGGCUCAGACGGUGGUCUAUCCACAGGUGCCAUUGUUGGCAUAGCAGUAGGCGUAGGAGUCGUCGGAAUCCUCGCAAUCGCAGGGCUCAUCUGGUUUCUAUAUCGACGUAAACAAGCCGCCAAAUCCGCAAACACAGCCGCAACACAUCCACCCUCAUACUCCGCAGUACAUUCUCCAGACCCUAACGGGGGAGCCUGGUCUGGAACAAAUUACGACCCCAAAGGUGUGUACUUACCCAUGACCAGCUCGCACGAUGAUCCGCGCUACUCACACGUCUCCGGCUCCACAUAUCUCGGUCCUGGAUCCCCACAGCCUGACCAGAUGUACGCCAAACACGCCAACACUCCGUCAAUGUCUCAGUCCGGAAGUCCUUAUCCGGGCGGUUGGACUCCACAGUCACCCCAGUCACCGCAUAUGGGCGGGGGUAAGUUCCAGCAGAAUGAGAAUACGAUCGCUGAGCUUGCGGAUCCGGAGCCAGCUGGCCCGGUGGAGAUUGGUGAGAGUGCGCAUGGCGAGACGAGGAGGUAAAUUAAGCAGGUUAAAAGGCAGGCAUGCCAUAUCAUUUUGCUUCUUGACCUCUUGAGGCAAUCAUAUGCUUGGACAUAGAAGAAUUGGCGUGUGUUAUGUUCGCUUGAUGCCCUGACCCCCCCUUGAUCCAGUGUGGUGAUGGUAAUGUCGAACAUGUUAACGCUAUAGCGGUACUAUAGAACAAGAAGUG